UAAAAACAAUAAAUACAUGGUUAAAUACACGUUAUAGAUGGGGGGAAGAGAGAGGGAAGGGGGAAAAGUAAAAAUGAAAAAGCGAAAGAGAAAGAAACGGGCACUUUGUAGUAAUUGGAGCAUGGACGCUUUCAGCCCUCAUUCAAUGCUUUACCAAACUCACCAUCAUCUUCUCCUUCACUUCCUCCCCUUUCCUCCUUCCAUUUCUCACCUCCCAACUCCCUCUCCUCUUUACCGUCUCUCUCUCCCUCAGGCCGAAACCCAAAUGGAGUGCGUAGAAGCGGCGUUGAAGACCAGUUUUCCCAGAGGCGCGGCCGUCAAACUUGACCCCCUGUCUCCUGUAGAUGACUCCUCCGCCUCCUGUGUCCCAAAUGCCGCCCCUUCCGACGACUUCUCCAUAGAUGAACUGCUCGACUUUUCACACUUGGAAGAGCCAUUCGAAGAUGAACAACAUCAGAAGCCUGACUCUGCCUCUGUUUCCCCUCCACCGUUGGACCCAAGUCGUGAAAUUUCUCACUUUACCUUCCCUUCUUCUGUCAAAGACGAUGUUGACUCCUUGCCGUCUGGUGAACUCAGCGUUCCGGCCGAUGAUUUGGCAAACUUAGAGUGGUUGUCUCACUUUGUCGAAGAUUCCUUCUCGGUAGGUUCCGCCGCGUAUCCCGCCGGUACUCUAAUGGGAAAAGCCAAGAGCCAUGCCGAGCCGAGGCCCGAGCCGGACAGCCGUCUUUCGACUCAUCCCUGUUUUAAAACUCCGGUCCCGGCUAAGGCCAGAAGCAAGAGAACGCGAACCGGCGUUCGGGUCUGGCCUUUCAGGUCUCCAUCAUUAACCGAAUCAUCCUCAAGCUCCACAUCAUCUUCCUCCUCCUCGUCCCCCACGAGCCCCUGGUUAAUUUCCGCCAGCGCAGCGCCCGAGCAAGUUUGCUUUGAGGCCAAGCCGCCUUCGAAGAGACCGUUGAAAAAGCCGGCCCCAGAGGCUGCUGCAGGGACCGGCGGAACAGCGCAGACGGCACGGCGGUGCACCCACUGCGGGGUCCACAGGACGCCGCAGUGGCGAGCCGGCCCGCUGGGAGCCAAAACACUGUGCAAUGCGUGCGGGGUCCGAUACAAGUCGGGACGGCUUUUACCGGAAUACAGGCCAGCAUGCAGCCCGACGUUCUCGAGCGAACUGCACUCGAACCACCACCGGAAAGUGCUGGAGAUGCGGCGGAAGAAGGAGGGAAUGGGCGGAGGCGAGUCCGGUCUGGGUCCGGCCACGACUCCGGCGGUUCCGAGUUUUGGAUAAAUAUUUUAAUUUUAAUUCAAUUUUAAUUAGUGUUAGAAAUUUAGGAGGACAAAAAAAUAGUAGCAGGAGUAGGUAAAAAUGAACGAGAAUUAGUUUAAAUUUUUUUCCCCCUCGCCGUGGCGUCAGGCAAUUAAGCAUUUGUAACGGAUUAGGCAGAUUUGAUAUUCCGAUGGCUUUUUU